CAGAGCCGCCCCCGCCGGGCCGGCGCCUCAGCCAUGGCCCUGCGCAAGGAGCUGCUCAAGUCUAUCUGGUACGCCUUUACCGCGCUGGACGUGGAGAAGAGUGGCAAGGUCUCCAAGUCCCAGCUCAAGGUGCUGUCCCACAACCUGUACACGGUCCUGCACAUCCCCCACGACCCCGUGGCCCUGGAGGAGCACUUCCGAGAUGAUGACGAUGGCCCUGUGUCCAGCCAGGGCUACAUGCCCUACCUCAACAAGUACAUCCUGGACAAGGUGGAGGAGGGGGCUUUCGUUAAAGAGCACUUUGAUGAGCUGUGCUGGACGCUGACGGCCAAGAAGAACUAUCGGGCAGACAGCAACGGGAACAGCAUGCUCUCCAAUCAGGAUGCCUUCCGCCUCUGGUGCCUCUUCAACUUCCUGUCUGAGGACAAGUACCCUCUAAUCAUGGUUCCCGACGAGGUGGAAUACCUGCUGAAGAAGGUGCUCGGCAGCAUGAGCUUGGAGGUGAGCUUGGGUGAGCUGGAGGAGCUGCUGGCCCAAGAGGCCCAGGAGGCCCAGGCGGCCCAGACCACCGGGGGCCUCAGCGUCUGGCAGUUCCUGGAGCUCUUCAACUCAGGCCGCUGCCUGCGGGGCGUGGGGCGGGACACCCUCAGCAUGGCCAUCCACGAGGUGUACCAGGAGCUCAUCCAAGAUGUCCUAAAGCAGGGCUAUCUGUGGAAGCGAGGGCACCUGCGGCGGAACUGGGCCGAACGCUGGUUCCAGCUGCAGCCCAGCUGCCUCUGCUACUUCGGGAGCGAAGAGUGCAAGGAGAAAAGAGGCACUAUCCCGCUGGAUGCACACUGCUGCGUGGAGGUGCUGCCGGACCGCGACGGAAAGCGCUGCAUGUUCUGUGUGAAGACGGCCACCCGCACGUAUGAGAUGAGCGCCUCCGACACUCGCCAGCGCCAGGAGUGGACGGCUGCCAUUCAGAUGGCGAUCCGGCUGCGGGCCGAGGGGAAGACGUCGCUGCACAAGGACCUGAAGCAGAAGAGGCGCGAGCAGCGCGAGCAGCGGGAGCGGCGCCGGGCCGCCAAGGAGGAGGAGCUGCUGCGCCUGCAGCAGCUGCAGGAGGAGAAGGAGCGGAAGCUGCAGGAGCUGGAGCUGCUGCAGGAGGCGCAGCGGCAGGCGGAGCGGCUGCUGCACGAGGAGGAGGAGCGGCGCCGCAGCCAGUACCGCGAGCUGCAGCAGGCGCUCGAGGGCCAGCUGCGCGAGGCCGAGCAGGCUGCCCAGCGGAAGCUGCGCCAGGCCAGCACCAAUGUGAAACACUGGAACGUCCAGGUGAACCGGCUCAUGCAUCCAAUUGAGCCUGGAGAUAAGCGGCCCGUCACCAGCAGCUCCUUCACAGGCUUCCAGCCCCCUCUGCUUGCCCGCCGUGACUCCUCCCUAAAGCGUCUGACCCGUUGGGGAUCCCAGGGCAGCAGGACCUCCUCGCCCACCAGCGGUGAGCAGCAAAAGUCCCUCAAUGGAGGUGAUGAGGCUCCAGCCCUGGCUUCCACCACUCAGGAAGAUAAACUGGAUCCAGCACCAGAAAAUUAGCCUCUCCUAGCCCCUCGUUCCUCCCAGUGUUGUGUCCACCAGGACCUAGCCACAGCUGGCCUGUGGGUGACACCAGCCCCUGCUAGGAGAGGGAGCUGAGGUCCUGCUGCCAGGGGCCCAGGCCCUCCAAACAUAAAACAGUCCAGGAUGGAACCUGAUUCAUCUUUCACACCAGCUCCCAGCCCCAGACAUGGCGGCAGUCUGGGCUGUUGAUCCUCGAGAACUCGGCCCUGUGCUUUAGCCCAAAGGACCUGAUGCCUUGGGCGGGGAAAGACAGUAAGCAAACAAGCCAGGGGCCUCCUGCCCCCAGGCUGCCACCAAAUUGUGGAGGCACAUUUCCAAAUAAAAACUGCCGUUGGAAUGAA